AUGAUGUCUGGCGUGUCCUGUUACCGGGCUCUUUGCAGGGCGCAGUUGAAGCUGGAGUAUCUGCAUGCAAACUCGACCACGCAUGACUUUCUGUUUGGAGCAAUUGCUGAACUAAUAGACAACUCCCGAGAUGCUGGUGCCACCCGGCUUGACAUCUUUACUGUGAAUAACGAGAACCUGCAAGGUGGAUUUAUGUUAUGCUUUUUGGAUGAUGGAUGUGGCAUGACACCUCGUGAGGCUACGGAUCUUGUGUAUUUUGGAAGAUCUUCUAAGCGGACUGUGUCUGGGAUGAUUGGACACUAUGGCAACGGGCUUAAGUCCGGAGCCAUGCGAAUAGGAAAAGACUUCAUAUUAUUCACAAAGAAAGAGAGUACCAUGACAUGCCUUCUUUUCUCUCAGACGUUUUGUGAGACAGAAGGUCUCACUGAGGUCAUCAUUCCAAUACCUUCAUGGUCAAGUAGUAUAAGAAAGCCAGUAAUGGAUGGUCCUGAGUUGUCUAUCAUUUGUAAAUAUUCUCCUUUUAAGAGUGAAGCUGAACUGAUGAAGCAGUUUGAUGCUAUCUAUGGAGAAAGGGGAACUCUGGUGGUGAUAUACAAUUUGAAACUCAUGCUCAGUGGUGAGCCAGAACUUGACAUUCAGACAGAUGAAGCGGAUAUUUUGAUUGCCGGAGAACAUGAAAACAUUCCAGAGCAAUGGUCUCUGAGGGCUUACACGGCUCUGCUGUACUUCGAACCACGAAUGCGGAUAUUCAUUCAAGCCAAGAAAGUAGAAACCAAACGCUUGUCAUACUGCUUUUAUAGGCCCAGGAGAUAUCCAUAUAUUGUACCAUUGAGACAAGUUGCUACAAAUGAGGCAAAAGCAGCAGAAAUGGAACUGAAUUCUGCCAGACAUGUUGAGAAGGAAGCAAAGGACAGACAAAAACAUUUGCAAGGAUCUCUUUUGCAUGAAGACAGUGAGGUUGCAGAAUGUGAUGCUGUAGGGAAUGACAAGAGAAUGAGGAGGAAGCUCAAAGACAGACAAAGAAACCUUAGAAAAUCAAAAACGCUCUUCAUAAUAUUUGGAAUUAACAUUCAAGACAGAAGUCGAGAUGGAAUGCUUAUCUUCAGUAAUAAUCGUUUGAUUCGGAUGUUUGAGAAGGUGGGACUGCAGAAGAAACUAGGAUCUUAUUUAGGUGCUGGAGCUGUAGGGAUAGUCGACCUACCCUUAGACGUCAUGGAGCCAACUCACAACAAGCAGUCCUUUGCCAAUGUUAAGCAAUACAACCACUUGCUGAAAUCAAUGGAAAGCUAUCUCGUCCAGUACUGGAAAGAUGUAGGAAUCAGUCAAAAAGGAGAAAUGUUUUUCUGGAAUGACUUUGGCUAUCAGGGUGCCAAGUGGAAUGAGAAACCUUCAGACUCCAUUCAGUACAAAAGAAGAAGGGCGGUGGAGAUUCCGGAUAUUGUUCAGUGUGAUAUUUGCCUCAAGUGGAGGCUUUUGUCGCUUGACACGGAUAUAAAUAAUGAAGCACAUCAUGAGAUCUGGACUUGUGCGGAAAAUAAAUGUCAUGUUCCAGAAAAAUUACCUUCUAUUCCUUUGGGCACUUUCCCCCCGUCAUCAUGGUCACUGAAUGACAAAGAAAAACUACUUGUAGAUUCCAUCAAGCAAUGUCAAACCAAGAUGAAAAAUCUUCCAUUGCAGAAAUGUUACUUGUUACAACCACAUACUGUUGUCCAGCAUACAGAAGACAGCACACGUGUUAAAGAUGUGCUACCAUUUAAAGUACAAGAUGAGGAACCACUGAAUAAAGAGCUUGAGGUCAUAAAAAUUGAAACAGAUAGUGAGUCCGAAGCAAUAUGCAUUAUAAUAUCUGACAAUGAGAGUGAAGAUUUACCAAAGUAUGAAGAGUGUAAAGACUGUGGUUUCAUACACAAAGGUGGAAAUAAACAGAUGCAGUGUGAUAAAAAAACACACAUUCAGCUUGACCUAAUGUCCUGUGUAACUCCUGAGAAAAAGGAUUUGUGUCGAACAGAUUCCAUAAGUAGUUCAACAGAGGGAUCUAAAAAAGGUGACAAGGAACAAGCCCUUGUUGGUAUUGAGGAUUUUAAUGUUGCAGUGCCACACAGACAGGCGCCUUCCCAGAGAAGUCUUGAAAACAAAAUGAUUGAAACAUUAACAGAUCAUAUAAAAGAGUUCCUGCUGUAUUUUUUACCUAAAUGUUCUUAUUCAAGAGAAUACCUUACGUCUAUGUCCACUGAAGAUAUUUUAUCUAUGUUCAAGCUGAAAGGACAGUCUGGGCUGAAUGAGAAUGUACCCCUAGAAAUCCAUCAGUUCAGAGGUCAUCCACAGUUCAGAGGGGAGGAAAAAAACAGAAUGGUAGAGUGUAAAAUGCCAAGGGGGUUUCUGUAUGUGUUUCAGUAUUUUUUGCAAUAUAAAAGACAACGUUUAGAAGAAAUCCAGCCUGUAAAUCAACCUGACCUUGAACGUAUACCUACCAUCGAAACUAAGAUUGGUCUGUGUGAGUCACAAGUAAAGACUGAGCAAGAAAGACUUAACCACCUUCGGGAAAAGAUGGCACAACUUCUGUUGAAAAUUCAUCCACAUCUUGCAAUUAAUCUAGAAGACAUUGAUGGCUACCUAGAAAAAAUUCUGAAUGAAGAACUUCUAAGAUUUGUGUGA